AUGGGACUUCGAGUCUUAUCAUUGGAAAACAAGAAACAGACGAUAGUUCCAUCAGCGCUUACAUCCAGAGCAUAUAGGUUGAAUUGUUUUAAGCUUUGCUUUGAAGGUGCAAGCAAACUCUGGUUCAAGCCUUCUCCAAGAGUGGUUGUUGCGUUCCACAGAACAGGGGAAUUAGCACGUUUAAAAGUAUUACAACAUCAACCGUUUGGUUCACCCACUAGCCUCGGGUAG